UCCCGCAGGCCGUCCGCAGCCCGGCGCCCCGUUCGGCGACGCCCCGGCGCCCGGCCGGCCCUCAGGGAGGCGGACCCCGCGGCACGCACCUCGCCCGCGGUCGGGCUGGACUGGGCGGUGUCAGCGGAGGCCCUCGCUAGGCGCGUCCGCCGCGCGAGACCCGGGCAGCUGCGGCGCCGACGAGAGCGGCAGCGGGGACGUCCGCCAUGGAGACCCGCUACAACCUGAAGAGCCCGGCCGUUAAGCGAUUGAUGAAAGAAGCUGCAGAAUUGAAAGAUCCAACAGAUCAUUACCACGCUCAGCCUCUGGAGGAUAACCUUUUUGAAUGGCACUUCACAGUUAGAGGGCCCCCAGAUUCCGAUUUUGAUGGAGGAGUUUACCAUGGACGCAUAGUACUGCCACCAGAGUACCCCAUGAAACCACCAAGCAUUAUCCUGCUAACAGCUAAUGGACGAUUUGAAGUAGGCAAGAAGAUCUGUUUAAGCAUCUCAGGACAUCAUCCUGAAACCUGGCAGCCUUCAUGGAGCAUAAGGACAGCCUUGCUGGCCAUCAUCGGGUUUAUGCCGACUAAAGGAGAGGGGGCCAUAGGUUCUCUAGAUUACACACCCGAGGAGAGAAGAGCGCUUGCCAAAAAAUCGCAAGAUUUCUGUUGUGAAGGCUGUGGCUCUGCCAUGAAGGAUGUCCUGUUGCCAUUAAAAUCUGGAAGUGGUUCAAGCCAGGCUGACCAAGAAGCCAAAGAACUGGCCAGGCAGAUUAGUUUUAAGGCCGAAGUCAAUUCAUCUGGAAAGACUAUCGCUGAAUCAGACUUAAACCAGUGUUUCUCACUAAAUGACUCACAAGACGAUUUACCUACAACAUUCCAGGGUGCUACAGCAAGCACAUCGUAUGGCGCCCAGAAUCCAUCAGGAGCACCCUUGCCACAACCUACCCAGCCAGCUCCUAAGAAUACCUCCAUGAGCCCUCGGCAGCGCAGAGCCCAGCAACAGAGUCAGAGAAGGCCAUCCACUUCCCCCGAUGUGCUCCAAGGCCAGCCACCAAGAGCCCACCACACAGAGCACGGCGGGUCCGCCAUGCUGAUCAUCAUCCUGACUUUAGCAUUGGCGGCUCUUAUAUUCCGACGAAUAUAUCUGGCCAAUGAGUACAUAUUUGACUUUGAGUUAUAAUGCUGGUUUGUGACUUAAGAGCUGUGACUCAGUUGCUUCAUUAAACAUUCUGCAUUGGGUAUAACCUAAGGAUUGUUUACAAAAAGAUUAUUUUGUAUUUACCCUCCAUUACUUUUUUAUUGUUAUAAAUUCAUUUGCUAUAAGUAGACAUUCAGGCUGUGGUCCAAAAGUUUGUCCUGCCUAGGUUAUGGACUGGAAGCCAUAGUUCCUUGUCUUACUGUUUAAUCUACGUCACAAACAAGUAACUUAUUGUGGUUGCUCACAGCCAAGCUGCUUUUCUAUGUAGUCCUUUGCAUUUUCAGAUAAAAGAAGGUGUUUCCACAUUGGAGUAUUACUGGGUACUCAGUCUCCCUUGCUGAGUACUGUCUUUAGUUAUAUAGACCAAGAGGGAUGAAGGAUGGGGGAGGGGCACUGCUCACUAGCUUCUUGAGAAGUGUCAUUUAUAGUAGAGACAGGGGAGUGCCCACUCUGUGAACUUUGUAUUUGAAACUUUGUGUGGUGAGAAUAAUUUUAUUUUAGACAUUCAUGAAGAUCUUUGUUAUAUUUUUGUUUUUGGAUAUUACUUGAAGAGGAAAGACUUUGUAGCCACUUUGGUAUGCACCAUCUCCAAUAUGCACACAAAUGAAAAGAAAGCGGGCUUUCAUAACCUGUCUCAAGGAAGGAAGGGUCCAAGCCAGAAGUUGUUUUAUUUUUCUUUUACAAGUAGGUAAGGAGAUCUUAAAGUUUGAGUCUUUACUUUCAUUUGUACAUGGUUUGAAUUAUAUGCCCAGCUCAUAAUCACUAUAGCUUUUCAUUAUUCCAGAAAUAUGCUUAGUAUUCAGAUUUUAAUAGAAAAACUCAGGGCCCAAAUAACAGUGAUAGAUUAACCACAACAAACCUUUACUUAGAAUUGUUCACUAGUCAAGGCCUAAGAAAAAUUUCAUGAAAAGUCUAUCUUUGCCUUGGCGCCAGCAAGUCCCCCCAUGCUGACGCGUGUAGCUCUGUCAUCUCAGUGACUAGUGAGACUGCUUAGGACAACGUCGUCGUCAGCAUGCUCCCUCAGCAACCUUGAGGGCACUGUCGAGGGCCCCACAUUGCCCAUUUGACUGGAAAAUAUAGGCAGUCCCCAGCUUUUAAAUAUAUCAUGCUCUCAAAGCCCAUUUAGAAGUUUUUGUUUUGUUUUUGUUUUUAAGGACAACUGAAUAUAAAUGGUGUUUGGGUUCUAGCUCAGUCCACAACGGUCAGUUCAUAUGUCUUUUAAGUAUAUGUGGGAGGGGAGUUGUAAAGUCCUCAUGGUGUUUUAACUAAAUAUAAUUAUGGGCAAGAAAAAAACAGCUCACAAAAUCAUUCUAAAGGUGAGCUUAAUUUUCACUCCUGUCAUGUGAUGUUGUGGUCUGUUACCACUGAAGAUAAUUUUCAUUUGUAUUUGGUAGUCAGGUUUUGUUGUUACUGUUGUUAUCCCAACACCUAAAGUUUUAAAAGGCACUGAGUGCUAGACGAUAAUCUCCCAGUUUAAUAGAGUAGAUUUUAUAGUUAUUUAAGGAUUGUUUAUUGAUGAGGUUGGUAAAAUCUAGAAAGGCCAAGGACUUUGUGAAGACUUCAUGUAAGGAAGACUAUAGGUUACCAUUUUAAAAAUAAUGUUCUUGCUUUGAAAAAGUAUAUUUUGAGGUCUUAGUUUAUAAUAUGAGAAACUUGGGGUCCAUGAUCUAGUAAGAAGUCAGUAAGCCAAUGGGAAGCCUGGGUGGCCUUCCCACUUAGGAGAAGAACCCUGAUGGUGUGCCCCAGGCCGAGAUGGCUUGUGUGCUAGAGCAGUCCUCCCCAAGUCAGGCCCGGCUAGCCUUGGGGCUCUGCCAUCUUGCUGUGUCCACAUGGACCCCUGUGCCAGGUGGCGAGGGUUGUUCCAAGAUCUUAUCCACCCCCUCACUUUUGCUAACUGGCUACCUCCUUACGUGUGUUGGUAUUUUUUAGCACCUGAUACACAUAUCAAAGUGGUACAUUUUGCUUUUACCCCUGAUAUGCUAUUUAAAAAUUGUCCUCCAACCCCCACCUUGGAGCUAGUGAGCUCCUAGAAAGGGCCUCUGUUGUCAGAGCCUCAGGUUAACUCCCUAGAUCCAGUAUAAGGCACAAACCAGGGAGAAACUGGUAGGUAGUCUUCAAUCCUUGUUUCCCCAGUUCUCAGAGUUCAGAACUCAAGGCUUCUUCACUGAUCAGCAUAGCACAUGAGUACACAUCAAAUUAGUUCAAAUAGCAUGCUUGAAAAAAAUCUGCCUGUUUUGCUUGUAGCAGUCUGGCCCAUGAGCCAACCGAACCUUCUGUACGUGGGUGGGGCUUUGAUGUAGCACUUUACAUUUCCCUGCUGCUGCUGUUGUUUAUUCUACUGAAAUAAAUGCUUUCACCAAGCUGCUUGGUGAAUUUAAAAACUAAGUUA